UUCCAUUCUAAUUAUUUAAAAUAAUUCGGAAUUUAUAUUCGAGAAUUCAAAUUUUAAAAUUGAGAGUAAAGCGAAACAAAAAUGGAAGCUUCUAAUACGAAACCAGAAGAUAUCAGAAAAAAAGUUCUUACAAGUGAAUUCUUACACCUUAAAUUAUCGAGAGAAACAGACUUUAGAGAUCAAAAUGAAGAUACAACUAACAACAUUUUGAAGCAGAUUUUCGCGAAAAUUCACUCAGAAGAAAUUCGAAGAGAUGGAGAUUUCAUGAUCUAUUUUUUCAAUAACCUUGUCGAUGGCCAAGAUAAUUUAUAUAAUUUACUACAAAGAAGAUUAGAAGAUGCUGAACGUCUGCAUUCCAAAGUUAUAGCUUAUUAUUAUGACGUUAUGGACAAAAUAAUUGAUGAAAUACAACAGAAACAGCAGAAAAUGUGUGAAUAUAUCAGUGAGCAGAGGGAUGAAAUUCUCAAAAAAUUCGAGAAAAAGAACACCGAAAUAAAACACAGACAAAAUCGAGAAAAAAAGGAAAUUCGUGGAAUGAUCGAUUCGAAAUUAAAAGAGAUCGAAAACCGCAAAAGAGAAUCAAAAGUCAAGUGCGAAAGUAUUAAAAGACAGAUUAGCGACAAGAAUGAAGAUCAAUUAAAAGUCACAAAAGGUGCCUUAACACUAGAAAAGGAAAGAGCCUGGAAACAACUUAUUAGUUGCUAUAAGACAUACGAAAAUAGCACCUUAGAUCGAAGGCAACGAUACAAAAAAUUAUGUGAAAAAGAUGAAGAAAAUCAAAGAAAUAUCGAUAUUGGAAAGGAAAAAGUUGCUGCAUUAACUAAAAACAUAGCAAAACUGAAAUCAAAGAUGUCAAUAUCUUCGAAGAAGACACAAGAAAAAAUUCGCUCAUUAUCAGAGGUUGAAGCAAUUCUGAAAAUUAGAAUAUUAUACGAGAAAUUAGAAUUAUUGGAGGAAAAACUUCAUCCAUUUUAUAGAAACAGUGAAACUGAAAAGAAAUCGAAGCAAACAAGCAACGAAAAUAUAUUUGACAUGCUUAUUCUUCCUAAUAUAGAAUUUAGGACUCGGAUAGNAUCAGUAGCAAUUCUUGCAACUCGUAGUAACGAAGUUUUAAAGUAUUUGCAGUCUUUAAUAGAAAAGGUUGAAGCAAUUCUGAAAAUUAGAAUAUUAUACGAGAAAUUAGAAUUAUUGGAGGAAAAACUUCAUCCAUUUUAUAGAAACAGUGAAACUGAAAAGAAAUCGAAGCAAACAAGCAACGAAAAUAUAUUUGACAUGCUUAUUCUUCCUAAUAUAGAAGAAACUAAUGAAUACCAUUCAUACGAUGAAUUUUGGAAGUUAUACAAUAAAGCAUUGAUCGAUUGCAAUGUGCUAGAGAAAGAAUUAAUGUCAUUAAAUGUCGAAAAUCAAAGAUUACGUUCCUCUUUAAAAAAAUAUUUCUCGGAAAUCCAAGUUGAUCGAUGUGUCUUGCAAGAAGCGGCACACAGUGAUUUAACAAUGUUCGUAGAUGAAGUCAAAAUUGCUGGCGAUAAAUUGCAAUGAAUCAUUACUUACUGGAAAAGGGAUAUACAGUAUAUCAAUAGAAACAUUAUGAUUGUCUCAAGAUUAUAUAAUUUCAAUAAAUUUUU